AUGUCAAAUUGCGCAGAUGACGAACUGUUUCGUUACGUCGGUACAUCAUCUCUGAAGCGCCGCCAGUUUGUCGAACGUCGUACUCACCUCUUCCGUCUCACACCAGAGGACAACAUUGCAUUACAGAACCCUGCAGUCUACUUGUGUGUUCUACGUCUUGCAUCCUACCUCUUACGCCGUGGAGGUGCAACUGCUAUUCAAAGUCUCUACGAUUAUUUCAUUGGACCAGAGAUGGCACCUGAGAUACGCGAACAAAUUGGAGAAAGUACUGUUAUUUGUCUUACUAUUGCCAUUACACGAAUGGCAGAACAUGGUACAGAAUGGUACACUUUCAUCGUAGUCAUCUGUGUUCUAGGUCGUCAAGAGUUUCUGAAUCUCGUUGUUGGCCACCCGUGGAUUUUCGCGUUGUUCCCGAAUCGUACAUACGUGUCCGUGCGCCGUAACUUGCCUCACUACGAUUAUCCCGGUUUUAUAAAACAGCAUUUCCCCGAUUUGGAUGUGCUGCGUCCAUCAUCAGCACGCGGUUACGGACCUCGUCCCAUUGCCCGCUCGAUGUCUGCUCAUCAGCCACUAGUUCAAGCUCUUUCAAAUAACCGUAGUGCAGCAGUAAGCGGGUCAUUGGUGCAGGCUGGCAACCGUCCUGUAUCUCUAUGGGACAGUAGAAACAGCAUGCCACAGACAAUUGGAUCCCUGCACAGUCCAGCAGAACAGCAGUGGAGUCCUGUCGAUCCAAUGUUCUCGCCCGCGUGGCCAGCACGCUCUACAUCGAUGGGCGAACGCGGCGGCGUACUUGCCCCCGCACCACCACCGAAUGGUGGGGGAGUGACAGGUGUUAUCGGGUCCGCGCCCGGCGUUGGUGGCACAAUCGGACAGAACAAGAUACUGGUGAACGCAGCGGUCCAGACUGAUGCGAUUCGCGCCGAUUCCGGAACAUGCACAUGUGGCUGUACUUGUGGUGGACGUGGCGGUUUGUCACGUGCUAGUGGUGGUUCUGCCAGUCCACCAAGUUUGGAUAGUAUCAGUCCAUCACUGAAUGAUCGUAUUUCUCCACCAAUGAAUACAAGUGGAGCUCCAAAUAACGGUGGAGACAUUGUCGCCGCCGCCGAUGCUCCACCAACUAUGCGCGCUUAUGAUCUGUUCGGUACCACCGAAAUAUUUGCAGCACGUCUUGGUUCAAUGCGCAUUAAUUAG